AACUGGACCGGUUUAGACCGCAGCUCCGCCCAGUACCAGCAGAUGGUUCUGGUUCUGACCCAGAUAGCAGAUGGCUCUGGUUCUGUCCUGUGGCUGUUGGCUGGUUUUAAUAUUUCUGACCCACUUUAGUCUCUUCCCUGCAGAUUUCCUGUCUGACCUGAAAACAACGUUUCCAUUAAUCUGAGCUUUGACUACACCACUCUCACUGAGGUCAGAAACUUUGAAGCUCAUCUAGAUUAGUUGUACAUAUCGUUAAAAAAAAUCAGAAAUAAACUCAACUUAUGAUUUAUUUUUAAUAUUUGACUGAUUAGAGGAAAAUUAUUGUUAUGAAUUCUGUCUUUCCCUCCAUCUCUUUUAUCUGCUUACACACACCCUGCAGCUUACAUAACCAUGUUUACGUGAGACUGCCGGCAGUCAUAUGUAAACAGCCUGAAACGGAUUAGACUGAACCUGAUUGGAGCCUUUAGGGAGGAACAGACUGCAGAGAGGAAUAAAACGCUAAACUCUCCAGUCUUUGCCUCAUCUGGUUCCGUCUAUCAGCUCAGUGGGCCGGUGCUGGACGGUGCAUGUCACUCUGGUUCUGAUCCGUCUGGAUGACAUGUAUGGCUUGUAACAUGUGAUCAUUUUUUAGCAUUAAAGCCUGUUUUUAUAACCAAAUCUCAUUAUUUCUCAAGGUAUGUAUUGAGGGGUUCUGGUCGGGUUCUGGAACUGGUUACCGGACCUGGUGGAGCACAGAGACAAAAAUGAAUGAGGCCAAACGGGUGUUUAAGGCGCAUGCGCGGCCUGCAGGUGUGAACCAGGUGAAUUUGAUUGCAGUUGCUGAAAACGAGCGGAGAAGAAGAGGCGUCCGGAUCCUCUGUCAGCGCAGAGAAACAGAGUCGAACCUACUGAUUCCCAGAACAUGGCGCCGCUGGGUUUGAAGCUGAUCCUCAUCGGCUUCAUGUGUCUCAGAGUUGAAGGAAGCUGCAGCGUGGAGAACUGCCGCGACCCCCGGACCUGCGUCCUAUCCGCGGACCGGAGGAGUUGCCGCUGCGCCGCGGGACUCUACGGCUCGAACUGCGGACACAGCGCGCAGCUGAAGGUCCUGUGCGGCAGAGACUUCAUGAGCAUCCGGGCCGCAGAGGAUUUCUUCUCCUACCUGAAGGUCCCGCUGGAGUCGCUGCACCUGCCGAACCGGUCGUGCCGGGCCCAGAGGGAGGUGAUCGCCGGGACGCCGUUCUUCAUGUUCCGGACCUCCAGGGAGAAAUACCUGGCCUGCGGAGGGAAACCGCUGCAGAAGAACUCGACCCACCUCCUGUACUCCCUCACGGUCCAAUCAGAACCUCAGGUCAGCGGGAACAUUAUCAGAGACCCGGCCAUUAAAAUGGACUUCACCUGCGUCUACCCGAACCUGCGCAGGGUCAGCCUGCCGUUCCCGGUCCGGCCCAUCUCCAGCCAGAUGGUGAUGCAGGUGGAGGAGACGGACGCCACCAUCCAGAUGUUGCUGUUCGCCGACAGCAGCUUCAGCCGGGCCUUCAGCGGCACGCCGACCAUAGAGCUGCGGGACCCGGUGCAUGUGGAGGUCUCUGUGGCCGAGCCUGCGGACUUCUUCCUCCUCCGGGUCGAUGACUGCUGGGCCAGCCGGUCCCCGCAGCCCAACGCCACCGGACUGCUUCACAGCCUCGUCCAGAACGGCUGCGUGGCCGACCCCACCGUGACCUUCCUCCCGCUGGCUGAGGACCGGGCCGGGCCCAACGGCCGAAGCUCCGGGGUCCGGUUCCGCUUCCAGAUGUUCCGCUUCACCGCUGGACCCGCCGAGUUCUACCUGCACUGCAGCGUGCAGCUGUGCGAGCCGGACGACCAGCCGUCCUGCCUGCCGAGCUGUGGCGCCAUCAGGAAGCGGGAAGCCGUCAGGCCGCUUCCCAGCCGCGGUCUGCUGUCCUACGGACCGAUCCGGGUCGAGGUUCCGGACCGGCCCGUGUCCAAUGUUCUGACGGCGGCGGUUCUUCCUGUGGCCGCAGUCUGGACGCUGGGCUUCUUCCUCACCCUCCUCAUCAUUGUGGCCAAGGCCGGCAGGAGGCGGGUCCCCGAACCCGACGGCCCCUGACGGCAGGAAGCUCCAAUAAACCCUCUUUCAUCACUUCCUGUUUUCCUCCUGUUCACAGCAGCUUUUUAUAAAACUCAAAAUACUUUCAA